CUAGACUGGUUGAGGACUGGAGACGGGAUCCUUGCCUCAAACUAAACUGGCAACAUGGUGAAGACAGGCAAACUUCGGUCCGGAACAGCACAGAAACUAAAGAGAUGGAAGAAAGGACACAGCAGCGAUUCGAACCCCGAGGCCAGCCGGCACCGUCAGGCUGCCCGGAGUCGGUUCUUCAGCCGGCCCUCCGAGAAGAGCGGUCUGACGGUGGACGCUCUGAAGCUGCAUAAUGAGAUGGAGGGUGGUGCUGGUGAUGAUAACGAGGAGGGCGUGGCCAUGGAGGGAGCCAAUCAGGAGGCCCUGUCGGUGCGCUCUGGCGCCUCCUACCUGAGUGGAGUGUCGGACUGCUCCAACGUCUCCUUCAGGAAGGUGCAGCGCUACUGGGACUCCAACUCUGCAGCUCACAAAGAGAUUUGUGCGGUGUUGGCUGCAGUGACCGAGGUGAUCCGUUCCCAGGGAGGGAAAGAGACGGAGACCGAGUAUUUCGCUGCUCUGAUGACUACCCUGGAGGCGGUUGACUCUAGUGAGUCUCUUGCUGCAGUGGCCUACCUACUCAACCUGGUGAUCAAGAGGGUUCCUGUGGCGGUGUUGAAGAGUCGUUUCUCUGAGACGGCCAAGGCUCUCCUGGACGUGAUGUCAUCUCAAGCUAAUGAGGACGGCAGCUCCGCACUACGCUGGGUGCUGCUGUGCCUGGCUCAGCUGUUGAAGAAGCAGGAUGUGAGUGUUUGGAGUUUCCCCUCGACGCUGCAGGCUUAUCACGGAAUACUCAGCUUCACCGUACACACCAAACCCAAGGUGCGUAAAGCUGCUCAGCAGGGCGUGUGUUCGGUCCUGAGGGGCAGUGACUUCCUGUUUGGAGACGCAAGCCCCACCCACCAUCCAGCUGCCAUGGCAACCGCCAAGUUCUGCUGCAAAGAGAUCGAACAGGCCGGAGGCAGUAAAGAGGACACCACCACGCUGCACGUCUUGAGUCUGCUGAGGGAGCUGUUGGGGUGCUUCCCCGUCUCAGCCGUCAAGAGCUGCUGUGAAACACUCCUACGGGUCAUGACGCUCAGCCACCCGCUGGUGACUGCUGGAGCCAUGCAGGCCUUCCACCAACUCUUCAACACACAGACCAGCAAGACGUCCCUCACACCAGAGCUCAAUGCACAGAUCAUCACCGCGCUGUAUGACUACCUGCCCAGUGAGAAUGACCUGCAACCCCUUCUGGCCUGGCUCACAGUAAUGGAGAAGGCUCACACACACCUCGCCAGUCUGCAGAGCUCCCUGUGUGUGUCUCAUCUUCCUCGCUUCUUCUCUGUGGCGAUGAGCUGUCUGCUGUCCACGCACCUCAAGGUCGUCUCUACAGCAACCCAAGCCAUGAAGACCCUGUUGGAGGUGUGUGUGUCUCCGCUGAUGUCUGAGAUGGGCCAGGUGCUGCCCAGUGCCACAGCAGGGAACCCAGCGCACAUCACCAAGAUGUUCAGGUGUGUGGAGGAGGGUCUGUCCUACAGGUUCCAUGCCUCCUGGCCGUUCGUGCUGCAGCUGCUCGGAUGCUUUUACAGAACUGCAGGACGACAAGCAAACACCAUCAUGGCCAAGAGUUUAUUGUCGCUGGCUGAGCUGCGUGGGACUCCUCGGUUCCCAUAUGGUGGUGAGCUGGAUUUGGCUCUAGGGGGCGCUGUGGAGACCAUGGGCCCGGAGGCAGUCCUAAAGGCAAUACCACUACUCAUCACAGGACACAUGGAUGAUCUGGAGUUUCCUCGUAGCUGGCUGGUUCCUGUGAUCCGAGAUCACGUCAAACACACCCAGCUGGCCUUCUUCACAUCCUACUUCCUCCCCUUGGCCAACACACUCAAGAUCAGAGCGGAGGAGCUUGAGCAGUCUGGACAGAAGCUGGAAUCUAAAGUCUAUGACACCUUACAGCAACAGAUAUGGACAAUGCUGCCAGGGUUCUGCCAGAGUCCGACUGACGUGGCUGCUGCAUUCCCGUCGCUCGCACGCACGCUAGGUUCCGCCCUGAACGAGAGGCCACACCUCCGCCUGCCCAUCCUCCAAUCAAUACGCACACUCAUCCGGACCGCCAACGCAGCGGAGGAGAAGGUUGUGAUUGGUCGCUUCUCCAAGAACUUCCUGCCCAUUCUCUUCAACGUCUUUACCCAGCAUACACCGGGAGAAGAGCCCGCCCCCUACAGGCCAGCCGUGCUGGACACCAUCCGAGUUUAUCUCACCGUUACAGAGCCCACGAUGGUGUCUACGUUCCUUCAGAAGGCCACAGAGAAGCUGAAUGCUGCAGAUAGUUCAGAGUUUACACGGCUGGCUGUGAUGGACCUGGUCGUUGCCAUGGCUCCCUGUGUGGACGAAGAGACAAUGACGCACACCUACGACCUCAUCCAGCCUUAUCUACAGAGCAAGGAAGCGAGUGUUCAGAAGAAGGCCUAUCGCGUUCUGGAGGAGAUGUGUGGAGGGGUCGAGCCAGAACAAGGAACCAAUCCAGAGCAGGGGGCUCCUCAAUCAGCCAAUCAGGGGGCUUCUCAGCGCUUCGUCCUCAAUAACCUGCCGAGACUCCAGGAGGCGCUGCUGAACAGUCUAAAGACUGCAGCAUCACCUGCCAAGAGGCCCAGACUGAAGUGUUUGAUCCACAUUGUGAAGCAACUGAAGGAAGAACACAAAGACUUCAUCGUCAGCCUGCUGCCAGAGGUCAUCAUCUGCACUAAGGAGGUGUCUCUGGGUGCUCGUAAGAAUGCGAUGGCACUCCUGGUGGAGAUGGCCACCGCCUUCACACGCUUCUACGGCAACCAGAAAGAUGCCCUGGAGCAGUUCCUAUCGCUGGUGUAUGUGGGUCUGACGGGAACAGUGACGAUGAUGACCUGCACAGUACUGGCUCUCAGCAGACUAGUCUUUCACUACAGAGAGUGUAUCGAGUCCUCUACCCUACAGCAGCUGCUCUACAACGUGUGUGUGCUGCUGGCGUGUCGUACCCGUCAAAUCCUGAAGGGGGCGCUGGGCUUCCUCAAGGUCAUGCUGUUCGUACUGGACAACAAGACACUAGCGGGACACCUGCCAGUCAUGAUGGAGGCUAUUGGCAACAUCAAGGACGACAUGCGACGCCACUUCAGAGCCACACUCAAGAGCAUCUUCACCAAACUCAUACGCAAGUUUGGCUACGAGCUAGUCCGAGACAUGCUACCUGAGGAGCAUCACAAGGUGCUGGCUAACAUCCGCAAGGUGGAGGCGCGGUCUAAGAGGAAGAAGGCGGUCCAAGACGAAGAGGAGGAGUCAGACAGUGAUGCCGACGCCCCCAAACCCAAGGGAGACAGUAUUGAGGACAUCCUUGCGGAGAGCGACUCUGACAUGUCUGAUGCGGAGGAGUCCAAGAAGUCGAAAACCAAGAAGAAGGCGGAGCCUAAGAACAAGAAGAGGGGCGGGGCCUGGUUGAAGGAGGGUCUUAGUGACGAGCCGCUCAACUUCCUGGAUCAAACCGCCUCACAGAGAGUGCUGGCCACGAAUCCUGAGGCUCGUGCGCGUAAGAAGGACCACGGCUUCAAGGUGACGUCAGACGGACGACUUGUCAUCGACGACGAAGAGGACACCAAGAAGAAGAGCAACAAAGCCGCACCUGAUGCUGAGCUGGAGGAUGUGUUGGAGGAAGCCGGAAUUAAAAAGAAGAGCCAUAAGAGGAGAGCUGAGGAGGAUCUCGAUGAUGACGAUGGCAUGAUGGACGUGGAGUCACAACCCAAAUACAAAGCUGGAGGCGCUGGCAUCCAUCGGCCACUAGGAGCCAGACAGGAGUCAGGAGUCGACUACAGAGCCAAGAAGGGUAAAGGUGACGUGAAGAGGAAGGGCAAAGAGGACCCGUACGCCUACAUCCCCCUGAAGAAGGCUCAGCUGAACCGCCGCAAGAGGGCCAAGCUGCAGGGUCAGUUCAAGGGCAUGGUGCGAGGAGCCCACAAGGGGGCGCUGUCAGCCAAGAGGAUGAAGAACAAGAGAAGAGCAUGAUGAAAACACAUACACACACAGCCAACAAGGAAGACGAGCAUGAUGAGGAGGAGCACACACACACACACACACACACACACACACACACUCUGUCUCAUGAACUCUUGCCUGAAGAAUGCAGAAAAGAGACAGCCUUAUGACGAAACAUGAACAAGAACACACCCACACACAUAUGAAACAUACACAGAACUGACUAUUUGUAUGUGCUAUUCCUAUGCUUGUUUUGUAUUAUGGAGUGUGUAUUUGUAUGGAGAGUGUAUUUUGUGACGGGCAGUUCAGCGUACAGCCGUCCUUGGAGUUCCAGGGGUCCUUCCUGUGCCAUCCUUCCUCACUGUAAUCUCCCCUCUGGCCACAUGUUAGUGUUAUAAGCAGCAGCAUUAAAUGUAAUGUCAUUGUAAUGACUUCUGUGUGCAUACUGACUACAUUGACUUAUGCUGUGUGUCAGAUGGCAAACUUAAUGCCCUGAAACAUGGUGCCUGAAGUGCUCAAGUGCACCAUCUGAGACUCAACACAAGUGUUCCAUUUAGGAACAUAUUGGAGUGGCGCAGUGACAAUAUCUUGCCACCAGAUGGGGCUGUAAGAGUGCAGUAUGCAGUGAUUCAAUCUCUAUAUUGAGAGCGAACUUAAAUUAACAUCAAAUGUGAAAUAAAAAGCUUUUUGUGCUUCACUA